AUGGGAACUCCAAGCACAUCUCGAAAACCCGAUGCGGUUCAAGUUUGGAACGAUCUGAGCAACGGUCUGAAUUCGGCCUAUAAUCGAGAGCAUAUUUCGUCGCAGGAUUAUAUGCAACUCUAUUCGUGAGUAGUAUUUUCUAGUUUGAACUAGUUAAAAAUCUUUGUCUUCAGAAGCGUCUACAAUUAUUGUACAUCAAUUACACUUGGCGCCAAUUCGACACGUCGUCCAGAAACGCGAAAUGUGCCAACACCGGGUCGCGCCAAUCAAGAGGACACCAGUUUCAUGGGACACGAAUUGUAUCAGAAAUUGAAGAACUACGUGACGGACUAUGUGUUGAAAGUCAGAGAGCGUGGAGUUGAUCUAACUGGCGAAUCGCUGCUCAGUUUUUACACCACCGAAUGGGAGAAUUUUCGCUUUUCGUCAAGAGUGAUGAACGGGAUUUUUGCCUAUUUGAAUCGGCAUUGGAUCAAAAGAGAGUUGGAUGAGGGACAUGAGGAUAUAUACAUGAUUUAUACGGUAGGUUGGAAAAUUGGUGCUAACAUUAGGGCUGAUUCACGAAAAGCCAAAAAAUGUCGAAAAAACAUUAGUUUUUCCAGUUUUUCAGCCAAAAAUGAUGACAAAUCAAUAUUUUUCAAGCUUCUGGAGUAAUUUCUGAUUAAAAUUGACCUUGGAAUUCACUUUACAGAAGGUUUUGCUGAUAAAGUAAAAUAAAAAAAUUUAAAAUUUAGAUGAAUUUCGGGUUCUCGAAGCUUAUUUUCAUCAAAAAUUACUCCAGAAGCUUGAAAAAUAUUGAUUUGUCAUCAUUUUUGGCUGAAAAAUUCGAAAAACUAAUGUUUUUUCGACAUUUUUUGAUUUUUCGAUGUUGAAAAAAACAUUUUUCAAUUUUUCCAGCUUGCUUUGAUGAUUUGGAAAGAGCACAUGUUUGGUGGAAUGAAGGAUAAAGUGAUUGACGCGGUUUUGGAAUUGAUUAAAAAAGAGCGAAAUGGCGAUAUUAUUAGAACUGCGUAUAUUUCGGGUGUUGUUGAGUGCUUGGGUGAGUUUUGAUGGGAAAAUUGGUGAAAAUGGCGAAAAAAAUGGUGAAAUUUGGUGUAGAAUUGCAUUUUUCGGUCAAUCAAACCCUUAAAAAGCUUCAAUUUUUCCAGUCGAACUUGGAAUCGAUGAAUAUGAUGCAGCAGAAUCAGCCGGAGCCACCGCCGCUUCUGCAGCACAAAAUGGUGCUCCGCGUCGAAACGCCGACCGCGCAAAAUUGUCGGUCUACAAAACCGAAUUCGAGAAACGUUUCCUCGAAGCCACUCACGAUUUCUAUAAACUCGAAUCGGCGAAUUUCCUCCAAGAAGAGGGAAAUAUCACCGAAUACAUGUUGAAAGUCGAAAAACGACUACAAGAAGAGGACAAUCGUUGCCAAUUGUAUCUGAACUCGGCCACUUCGGCACCGCUUGCCGCUUGUUGUGAAGAAGUUCUGAUUGCGAGCCGUCUAGAAGUUUUCCAGAACGAGUUUGGCGGUCUGUUGGAGAAGAAUCGAGACGAGGAUCUGGCACGAAUGUUCAAAUUGUGUGAUCGAGUUGCGAAUGGAUUGGAUCAGUUGAGAAUUGGUUUGGAGAAGCAUAUUACCAAAGAGGGACAUGAGGCAUUGGCAAGAAUUGCUGAUGGAAAUGCGAUGGUAAGGGAUUUUGGGGUUUGGGAGCCAAAAACCCGGAUUUUCUGGGACUUUUGGGAAGAAAAGUGUGGAAAAUCAUGAUUUUCACCGUUUUUUGAGCCGGAAAUCCUUAUUUUCAGCUGAAAUUCAAGAUUUUUGGUCGAAUUCGACCUAGAAAUGUCUAAAAUUGUGAUUUUAAGCUGAAAUUCAAGAUUUUUGGUCAAAUUUGGCCUUAAAAAUUUGAAAAUUGUGAUUUUCAGCGUUUUUUGAGUCGGAAAUCCUUACUCAGAGAAAAACUUGUGAAUUGAGGCAUUUUCGAAAAAUUUGGCUCAAUUUCUGUUUUUAGCCGGGAAUCCUUAUUUUUAGCUGAAAUUCUAGAUUUUUGGUCGAAUUCGACUUAGAAGUGUUUAAAAUUGUGAUUUUCACCGUUUUUUGAGCCUGAAUUCUUUAUUUUUAGCUGAAAUUCAAGAUUUUCAGUGGAAUUCUACCUAGAAAUGUUUAAAAUCAUGGGUUUCAGCGUCUUUUGAGCCGGGAAUCCUUAUUUUUAGCUGAAAUUCAAGAUUUUCAGUCUAAUUCGACCUAGAAAUGUUUAAAAUCAUGGGUUUCAGCGUCUUUUGAGCCGGGAAUCCUUAUUUUUAGCUGAAAUUCAAGAUUUUCAGUCUAAUUCGACCUAGAAAUGUUUAAAAUUGUGAUUUUCACCGUUUUUUGAGCCGAAAAUCCUUAUUUUCAGCUGAAAUUCAAGAUUUUCAGUCGAAUUCGACCUAGAAAUGUUUGAAAUUGUGAUUUUAGGAAUUUUUUGAGCCGGAAAUCUUUGUUUUCAGCUUAAAUUCAAGAUUUUUGAUCCAAUUCGACUUAGAAAUGCUGAAAUUCAAGGUUUUCACCGUUUUUGUUAGCCGGAAAUCCUUAUUUUUAGCUGAAAUUUAAGAUUUUUGGUCGAAUUCGACUUAGAGAUGUUUAAAAUUGUGAUUUUCAGCUUUUUUGAGCCUGAAAUCUUUAUUUUCAGCUGAAAUUCAAGAUUUUUGGUCAAUUCGACUUAGAAGUGUUUGAAAUUGUGAUUUUCAGCGUUUUUUUUUCAGCAUGAAAUCUUUAUUUUUAGCUGAAAUUCAAGAUUUUUAGUCAAACUUGGCCUGAAACGUUUUUCCAGGGCUUGAAAUGCUGAAAAUCAUGGUUUUCAGCUGAAAUUCUAGAUUUUAAGUCAAAGAAAAAUUGAUAAUUUGGGAUUUUAUCAUUUUUUUGAGCUGAAAAUCAGGAAAUUUCGAUUUUAUUGAAAAAAUAUCUUGACAAUUUUUUCCCCGAAUUUUUUAUGUUUCAAAAGUUAUUGAAAUGUUUAUACGUUUUUUUCAAGACGUUCAAGCGAACAUAGCAUUUUCAAAAUAAUUAUACAGUUAAAAAAACGCAUUACUCAUGUUAGAAAGUUAUUUUUUCAGGAUCCACGUGUCUACGUCAACACUCUUCUCGAAGUUCAUCAAAGAUAUCUAAAAUUGGUUCAACAAGCAUUUGGCAAUGAUCCAGGAUUUAUGCAAGCUUUGGACAAAGCCGCCACGUCAUUCAUGAAUAAAAAUGAGGUGACGAAAAAAGCGCCGGCGUCACAACAAAAUAGCAAAUCUGCUGAAUUACUGGCCAGAUAUUGUGAUCAAUUAUUGAAGAAAUCAUCAAAAAUGCCGGAUGAAAAUGAGCUGGAAGAGUUGUUGAACAAGAUUAUGAUCAUUUUCAAAUAUAUUGAUGACAAGGAUGUGUUCUCCAAACAUUAUACCAAGUUUUUCAGCAAAAGGUGGGUGGUUUUUUAUCUGGAAAUGGUGAAAAUCGGAUUUUUCACUUGGUUGCUCAUAUUAAACUCAAAAAUUAAAAAUAGAAGUUUUUCUUGAAACAUUAACAUUACUAAUUUUCAAAAAUAACCAUGAAAAUUAGAAGAAAAUUUUAUCGAAAAGUUUCGCAUUGCUCAUAUUAGGGUAUCUGGAAAUGCUAAAAAUCGGAUUUUUCACUAAAUUUCAGGUUGAAAAUAUGAAAUUUUGCUAUUUUUCACCUAGAAAAAUUGUAGCAUUGCUCAUGUUAAUGAAUUCUCGAAAAAUUUAGUUGAAAAAAUUUUCGAAUUUUAAAAUUUUAUUGAAAAGUUUCGCAUUGCUCAUAUUAGGAUAUCUCACAGAAAAUCGAUUUUUCGAUUUUUUCUAUCAUUGCUCAUAUUAAAGCUCAUAUUAAAAUUUUCCAGACUUAUCAAUGAAAUGUCGGCAUCGGAUGAAGCUGAAGCGAAUUUUAUUCAAAAAUUGAAAAGUUCGUGCGGAUAUGAGUAUACGUCAAGAUUGUCGAAAAUGGUCAACGAUACACAAGUCAGCAAAGAUUUGGCGUCGGAAUUCAAAGAAAGUUUGAGUGGAGACAAAAAAUCGAAAAUGGGACUAGAGUUUAAUAUUUUGGUGUUGAGGUGAGUCUGAAAAUUCAGAAAUUUUCAGAUCUGAAAAAUUUUAACCCAUAUUUUUGCAGCUCCGGAUCGUGGCCCCAAUUUCCAACUGCAACUCUCAAUCUUCCAAAUCGACUUUCUUCAAGCAUCGAAUAUUUUGCCGAAUUCUACAAUGCGAAAUUCAACGGCCGUCGUUUGACUUGGGUCUAUUCACAAUCGAGAGGAGAAUUGACAACUCAUUGUUUUAGCAAAAAAUAUGUGUUCACUGUGAGUUUUUUGGGCAAUUUUUGGAGAAUUUUGAGCGUAAAAUCGAUAAAUUUCAAGAUUUUUGAACUAAAAAUUAAGUUUUUUUUAAUCAUUUUCCCUGCAAAUCAAUAUUUUUACAGUCUACAACAGCUCAAAUGGCAAUGCUUUUAUUAUUUAAUGAACAAGAUUCGUAUACAGUUGGACAAUUGAUUGAAGCGACUGCUUUGGACUCGAAAAGUGUUCCGCAAAUUGUGGCGUCGCUUAUUAAGGUAUGACCUAGUUUUGGGCCGAAAAUUGGGAUUUUUGACCGGUUUUCUAACGAGAAAAUCUGAUUUUUCAAAAAAUUUGCAUUUUCUCCCGAAAAAUCCUGGAAUUUUUACGUUUCAAGAAUAUUUGAAAAGUAUUUUUUUUUAGAAAUCGAUAGUAAUAAUAUGAAAUUUUUAUAGAACGACGUUCUCAAAUCGGACAAAGAAAUCACUGGCGAAGAAGUGAGCCCAGAUACAGUAAUCUCACUAAAUCAAGAAUACUCGAAUAAAAAAGUGCGUGUGGAUUUGUCGAAAAUGACGAUCAAACAAGACACGAAUCGCGAAAAUGAGGUGGUUCAGAAAAAUGUGGAAGAAGACCGCAAAAAUGUGAUAUCGGCGUGUAUUGUGAGAAUAAUGAAGACGAGAAAAGAAUUGAAACAUCAAGCGUUGAUGACUGAGGUGAGUUGGGGGAAAAUAUGCUUUGUAGACUUGGAAAAAUCUGAAAAUUUGAGCUAAAAUUGCACAAUUUCCACCAAAAUUAACCCUAAAUGUUGAAUUUUUCAGGUCAUCCAACAAUUGUCGAACCGUUUCAAGCCAAAAAUCGAUAUGAUCAAAAGAAGUAUUGGUUCAAUGAUUGAAAAAGAAUAUAUUGCGAGAUCAAAAGAUCAGAAUGAUUUAUACGUGUACAUUUCCUAA